AGGUGCGCAUGCGUUGUGACUCAAUAAAGGCGGAAGUGUCGAAGGAAUUGAAAUUGGCCUCCAUUAAUGGUUGUUUGUAAAUAUUUCAUGAGGACAAAAUAAUGAAAUAAACAAUGAAGCCUAAAACGAACCGUCGGCCCAAAGAAAGGGCCAGCGAUAAAGACACUGUAGUCGCAUUUCAUGAAUUCAUACAGGGUCGAAUUCAGGGCGAACUGAAUGGAGUGACCAUCGGGCCAGGUUAUAUGCUAUCGCGGAUAGCACUUGCUUCCGUUAUUUUCGGGUUUCUGUGUUUGUUGGUGGGUAUUCUGAUAAUUGCCCUCCGCCACAGGCACGUGUACCUCAUAAGCUGGGACGCCCAGUUCCUCGGGCCUUUCUUCAUCAUUAUGUUUCUGGGAUGUUGCGGGCUUGCUGUUUUCUUGUUGAAUCUGGCCAAGCAGCGAACAAACCAGUACAGAAAAGAUCUUGCUUUUCGACCAAUCGGAGACUACGGUGUUGCUGUGGUUCACAAGAGCAAGCUUACCUAUGAUGAACAAAAAAAGACAACAUUGAAGUCUGGUACCACGCCACACAACGUCAGGCAUCCUGGUCGACCGGGAGUCAACGACAGUGGUAACCAGGGUGAUUAUAGCAAGAGAUCCGGCUAUGAUAACCGUGGUUACAAUGACGACCGUAACCGUGACCCUGACAGACGUUACCCGGACAGACCGCGACGCGGCCCGGAUGAGGUAGACCGCCCGCUGAUGCGCGACGGGGAGAGGCGAGAAGGGGAAAGAAGCAGACGGCCUCCAGAUGACCGACGGGGUCCGGACGACAGACCACGCCGCCCUAGACCACCCCCAGGCGAGGGUGGGGACAGACCCCCGAGGGGAGAGGGAGGUGACAGACCAAGGCGACCACCUGAUGACCCAAAUCGCCCGAGGCGACCCCCUGGUGACCGUGACCCAAACAGGCCAAGAGGACCACCACGUGACCGUGACCCCAACAAGCCCAGGCGACCCAUGACCCCUGAGGAGGAGGAGCGUAGGGCGGAGGCCAGGCGGAGGUACGAGGAGGACAAGAGGAGACGACUGGAGGAGGACCGACGGAGGGGCGAACUGAGGAAGCAGGCUGAGGCCAGCCAGCAGGGUGGUGAGGAGCGAGGCGUGGACGUGGAGGGAGGCAGGCGGACCUACCAGAUCCAGACCACUGUGAAACUCUCCCACCAGCCCACUGACGAGUCCGACCUCUAGAUCUACAACUGUCUAAUAGGGCUGAUGUUCACAAAGCUCUAUAGGGGAAUCUAAACUCAUGUUGUACUAAAGUUUAAAUUUUAGAUCAACUUUUCUGCAAGAAAUCUGAUGUUAUUUUCUAUGGAAAGUUAAAGAUAUUAUUCACCAUGAUAGUAAUAUUUACAUGUUUAAAACAUGGAAAUAUUAAAAUAUCUAAAAAAUAUCAAAGCCAGAGACCUGAAAAACUUUAUUAGUUUAAUCAAUUUCCUUGGGUUUUCCCUAAGGAUCUUCGUGAAUAUAGGCCCAGCCCUUGACGGAGCUCUGGAUCUGAGAGCAUAUCUUCCUUGCAAUAGCAUUCCAGAGGAGACUGGCUACAUAUCACUUUGAGGUGGGCCAAACAUCACUUUGAGAUGGGCCACACAUCACUUUGGUUCCUUUUUUCCACAUACGUCUUCAUUUCAAAGAUUGUGUAUGCUCAUUCAUAAUUUUGUUUAAUGUUUUAUGAAAAAUAUUUUAGUUUUAAGAUUGGAUGCUUAUAGAGAAAUGCACAGAAUACAUUCCCAACUAUUUACUGGUAAUAAUUUGUUGGAACAUUCCAAAUACUUGCAGAAUUUAGUAUAUCACUUAAUUCAUUUCCAUGUUUGGAUUUAUUUGUUAAAAGACUAUGAAUCUAUGUAUGUUAUAUGGAAAGUUGAAGAUGUUCUUUCAUAAUUCUAGCCCUUGAUGCUCUUGAGAAAGUUUGGCAAGGCAUUUCUGGUGUUAACUCUAACAAUUUUCUGGGACCAAUAUUUUAUUCUUCCUUUGUUAAGCAAAUUAACAGACUGCAUAAUGAGUGACUCAUAUUGUAUCAAUGUUUUAACAUAUCCAUAGUGCUUUAAAUCAAUGAAACAAUAAGUGUAUGUAUUAUGUAUAAGUGUAUCGACUCACAAACAAUUGUUUUUUUUCUUUCUUUGACAGAAAUAUAAUGAAUAUAAUUAUAUUCAUUUCAAUAUAUUCUUAUUAAUAGCAAUUUGUUUGAUUAUGCCUUCUCAUUGACAACAUGGAUUAUUAAUUAAUCAGUGAAAAUGAUCAUGCAAAUGUACAUACAUGUUAAAUGAUGUUUUGGUAUAUUAUAAUCAUUUACCCUGUAAAUAUAUUAACAUAUUUUUUUAUACUUUCAUAACCUACAUUUAUGUAUAUUGCCAUCUUUUGUAUAUAUAUAUAUUUUUCAUUUUGCCAACAAUUUAAGAUUCAGCAUUUUAUAGAUAGUUGUAAAAUCUACACAAAUUUUAUUUUUCGAUGUGUUUCGUGCGGUAUUUGUCCCUUAUGAACAGAGGAUACAAAUUUCUAAAAAUGCUCAGCUUUAUCAUGUAUUUAAUUUUUAAAUGCUUCAAACAGCUAGUUUAUUUUCAAACAAAAUUGGACAGCAUCUUUUAUGAAUGAAUAGUUAUAAUAAAUUUAAAUAAUUUGUAUCCGAUUAAAAUCAAUUGUCUUGUACAAUUAAAAUCAUUUGUAUCCCGAAGCUGUACAUUCCGGUUUAUACAAAGAGAAUUUAUACUCAAUAAAAUAGUGUAUAAACUCUU